UUGAGUUGAGGAAUUGGGAGGGGUAGGCAGGUUUAUUCGUGGGAUUGUGGCAUUGUGGGAGAAGGCCCGAGGGAAAAUUCAUAUUGACUGAUUAUCAGAUUUGGUGACCAGGAAAGCAACAGCCUGUUUUUCAGUGCCGAUGUAUCAUACUUUUCCCAAAUUACACGGAUUAUUCAGGGGGCUGGUCAUAGAAUGGGGAGCAACAUGUCCUGCUGAAAGGAAGGGCUUCUAUCUCUGCACUACACGUUAAGAAUGGUGGAAUUAGAAAAUUAGAGCAGGGAGGAGGCUUGCACAUGAUCUCCAUCAAACCUUUCAUUUUACAGACAGGGAGGAGGCAAAGGCCGGGGGAAGCCGAGUAUUGUGGCCAGGAUCAUUCAGCCAGAUAGGAGCAGAACUAGGCCUACAAGCUGGCGGGCUUCUGACUUCCACCCCAGUUACGUCCACCUUUGGGGCCUGGGAACUGGGUUUGGAUUGCGUAAACUCCUCCUCCUCUCCUGGGAGGGGGCUGGGCUGGAGGGCUGAGGCCUUCACCCGGAAGAAGCGGGCACUGCUUGGAUAGUUGACCAGCCUCUGCCGGGCUCCUCAAUGGGAGAAUGGAGGUGAGGUCAGGGACUUCUGCCUCGCCUUUGCCAUCACUUCCAGUGAUGCCUAUUCCUAAGAUUGAUCGUGUCCUGUGCUGAAAAUGUUUCCGGAACAACAGAAAGAGGAGUUUGUAAGUGUCUGGGUUCGAGAUCCUAGGAUUCAGAAGGAGGACUUCUGGCAUUCUUACAUUGACUAUGAGAUAUGUAUUCAUACUAAUAGCAUGUGUUUUACAAUGAAAACGUCCUGUGUACGAAGAAGAUAUAGAGAAUUCGUGUGGCUGAGGCAGAGACUCCAAAGUAAUGCAUUGCUGGUACAACUGCCGGAACUUCCAUCUAAAAACUUAUUUUUCAACAUGAACAAUCGCCAACAUGUGGAUCAGCGUCGCCAGGGUCUGGAAGAUUUCCUCAGAAAAGUCCUACAGAAUGCACUUUUGCUUUCAGAUAGCAGCCUUCACCUCUUCUUACAGAGCCAUCUGAAUUCAGAAGACAUUGAGGCGUGUGUUUCGGGGCAGACUAAGUACUCUGUGGAAGAAGCAAUUCACAAGUUUGCCUUGAUGAACAGACGGUUCCCUGAAGAAGAUGAAGAAGGAAAAAAAGAAAAUGAUAUAGAUUAUGAUUCAGAAAGUUCAUCCUCUGGGCUUGGACACAGUAGUGAUGACAGCAGUUCACAUGGAUGUAAAGUAAAUACAGCUCCGCAGGAAUCCUGAAAAAUAAUUCUAAUGUUACUAUCUUAGGAACAGCAAAUUAUGUCCAGUCAUAGAGAAGAUAGCUUCGUAACAGUAUAUUCUUACCUAAAGCUCAGUGUCAUGAUGUUAGGUAUUUAAAUUCUUAAAGAUGUUGGGUUGUUUAUUAAUGAUAUUUUUAUGUUGUCUUAUUUUAGGUAAGCUUCUGUGUAAAGCUAAAAAUCCUGUGAAUGUAAUACUAUCCUUUAUAGGCAGACAUUAUUGGUAAACAAGAUCUUGCUCUCAAAUGAAAUGACUUACAUGUUUUAAAAAACCUAGUUGUCUUUAUUGAAUUUAAAAAGAUAGGUAAAUAAGUAGCAUUUAAAAUCAAGAUACAGCAUUUCUUCUUGUAUCAUGGGGCAGUGUUACCGUAAACACAGUGUAUAUGUUAUUAACCACUAUGAAGAGUAACAGCAUAGAUGAGACUGCCUCUCUCAAGACAUGUGGCUGAUAUUUUGUAGAUACCUCCCACGCACUGGCAAAACACUAUGCUUUUGGGUGUUUGACUGAAUUAUUUUAAGAGUAUUUAACCUUUCCAGUAUUCUGUUUCACGCUUAGAUGGAAAUGUAUCUUAUGAGUAGAGACAUAUUAAAAUAAUGUUUACAUCUUAGAAAAAAACAUAGAUAGUGCUAAUAAUAUUACUUAUAAUUGCAAUAUACAGAUUCAGAAAGACAUUUUCAUUGUCCAAAAUCAGCUUCACCAAAUGGUUUCUGGAGAUAAAUCGUUUGUUUUCAUUAUCACAUAAUUAGAACUAUAGGUUAAUGAUUUAUUUUCUGACUAAAUGUGCAAUUUCUUAUCACUAGAUAACUUUCAGUAUCAGUGGUGGUUACUUACUACUUAAAUCAGAGGAAGGAUCUUAUAAAAAUUAAUAAAUUUAAUUUUACCAAUAAAUAUUCCCAUAAUUUAGAAAAGGAUGUCAACUUGCUAAUUUCAGAAAUAUUCAUUAAAAAGGCCCUUUCUUUUAAAGCAUCCACUUGAAGACUAGUAUAAUUUUAUAAAAUGUCUUUUUUUUUUUUUUUUAGUGUCCCAAAGGUAUCUUAGAUAAACUGUUUUGAACUUCAGAUUUCAGAUAAGGCAGAAUUUUUGUGAGAUAAUUACUCAAGUUUCUUCCAUGUUGAAUGGCACAAAAUAUUUCUGUGAAACUAACAAAAAGGUAUUUUCAGAUAACUAGGAUAACUUGUUGCUUUAAUUAAAUGUUACCCAGCCUAACUGGAGAGUGGCCAGAGCUGCAACAAAAAGCAACUUUUCAUUUUCACUAGGAAUUUAAAAGUUAUUGUAUUAUUAAAAAGUCUUUACAAUGCUUGUUUCAAAGAACCAACAGAAAAAAAAAAGCUAACAAAACUAAAAACUAACAUUUAAAAAAUUAAAUUCAGAAUAAGAAUGAUUUCUUUUUUCUUUGUCCUUUUUUCUUUGGUCUAAAACAUUAUUAAAUUUUGGUAAAUAUUUUGAUUUAAUGUGUCUUAGAUCCUCAUGAUUUUAAUACAGGAAAAGAAAAUAUUUAGCAAUUUCUUACCAUGCUAACAUGUAAAGUUUGUGCCAUCCAGGCAUUUAAGAGUGAUCCUCAUCCUUUAAUUAAUAUGUAUUUGAGUUGACAUUUGUUUUACAGCUGUUUUGAAAAACACAUACUGUGCCACCAAUUGUCAUAUUAUUUUUAGAUAAUGUAUCAUAGCCAUCAAAAUUAAUAUUAAGUAAUGCCUAAUAUUUGGUAUGUAAAUGUAAUGAGUUCAUCAUUUUUACAUUAAACGUGAAAAAAAAUCAA